GUGUGUGUGUGUGCAGCCAGUACUGCCUUGUAUAAAACCUCUUCAUCAGAGCUCACAGAGUACAGAGUGUGUGUUGUUUGGGUUUUUCCAUCACCAUGAUGUUUCCCUGCAGCGCCCUGCCGCCUCCUCUCUACCCAGGCUUACUGCGUCCUCCUGCGGCUCUCUCCUCGCCCCUCAACCGGUCACUCCCUUCAGGCUUUCUAGUGGAAGAUCUUCUCCGGUUUAGCCAGCCUGUCAGCUACAUACACCGGGCUUUCUCUUCCAGAAGUCCCGGGGACAUUCUGCCGUUUAUCCAGGGGCCGGACGUUUCAGCUCGGACAGUGGGACCCAGCACAGAGCGGUCAGUGCUUCAGAGCUCCGGCCACCAGAGCCACGGUGGUCCCGGCUCUCCGCAGACUGCCUGCACGGACUCCGGCUACCUCAAGUUCGGUGUCAGUGCGAUACUGGCGCCGUCCACACGGAGCGUCCAGAGUUUUCAGACAAAGUCCCUCCCGCUGCCUUUCUUUGAUGGAGGCCUCCAUCCUUUCAUCAGAGCUUCCUACUUCACAGCUUCCUCAUCUGUAGUUCCCAUGCCCGGAACGUUUUCAUGGCCUCUGGCCCCGAGGGGGAAGCCCAGGAGGGGCAUGCUACGGCGGGCUGUAUUCUCAGACCUCCAGAGGAAGGCCCUGGAGAGAACUUUCCAGAAGCAGAAAUACAUCAGCAAACCAGACAGGAAGAAACUGGCCAGUAAACUGGGACUGAAAGACUCCCAGGUGAAGAUCUGGUUCCAGAACCGCAGGAUGAAAUGGAGGAACUCUAAGGAGAGGGAGCUGCUGUCAACAGGGGGCUGUCGCCAGCAGACCCUCCCCACCAAAACCAACCCCCACCCAGACCUUACUGAUGUAGGCAGCACCUACUGCCACAGACUGGACAGACCCACCAACCAACUGCAGCUGGACAGCCAGGAGUCACAUCUUCACCACCACCAUCAUCAUCAUCAUCACAGUCCUUCUCCGUCAGAGUCCAGCAAACAGUCAGAGCUCUCCGAGUCAGACGGAGAAGAAAUCACAGUUUCAUAGAAGAUUCAGACAUUAUUUUUUCAGUCCACUUAAAUGAGACACUGUCAAGCUUUGAAGGAUGGCAGGUCAAAGAAAGCAGUUGGCAAACGGAAGAAAACACCAGAAGUGCUUGAAUCCUCUCUUUUCCCCU